UGGUGUGAGAGUAAGUCAUUGAUAAACCAGGUGUCCACCAUCACUGGAGACAGGAGGGAUGACGCGCUGCUGUGCUGGAGGAGACUGGUGCUCCGGGUUCGUGGACCGACACCGCUCUUCGCUGAACUUCUUGCUGCUGGUGACCUGCUACACCUUCUACCUGGUGGUCGGUGCCGGGAUCUUCUCCAGCAUCGAGCUGCCCUACGAGCUGGAGCUCCGGGAGCAGCUGCAGGAGGCCCGCGAUGACUUCCUGCGCAACAACACCUGUGUGUCCGACGCGCGCCUGGAGGAGCUGCUGGUCCGAGCGCUGGAAGCCAGUAACUAUGGCGUCUCGGUGCUGGGGAACGAGAGCGACCGCAACUGGGACUUCGCCUCCUCGUUUUUCUUUACCAGCACAGUGCUGACCACAACAGGUUAUGGUCACAACGUUCCUCUCUCAGAUGAAGGGAAGGCCUUCUGCAUCUUCUACUCCAUCUUCGGCAUCCCCCUCACCCUCUUCUUCCUCUCCGCUGUGGUGCAGAGGAUCAUGGUCGUGGUGACGCAACGUCCGGUGUCCUACUUCCACCGGCGAUGGGCCAUGUCCAAAUCGAAGCUUGCCUUGAUCCACGCCACCUGCCUCACCAUCUUGAUGACCGUGCUGUUUCUCAUCAUUCCGGCGUGGAUCUUCAUCAGCCUGGAGAAAGACUGGAACUUUCUGGAGUCUCUGUAUUUCUGUUUCAUCUCUCUGACGACCAUUGGCCUCGGAGAUUAUGUCCCUGGAGAGACUCACAGUAAAGAAGCCAACCCACACCCGCAGCUAUACAGGCUGACUAUUACAGUCUACUUGCUGCUGGGCCUGGUGUGUGCCCUGGUGGUGCUGGAGACAUGCUGCGAGCUCCCCCAGAUGAGACGCUUCAGACAGAGGUUCUACCAAGAGAGUGUUCGGGAGCUGGACUCCGAGACAACCAACAUCAUCGACAGGGAACACAAGAUCGACCAGCUACGUGACGUCACGGAUCAUGUGACAGAUACCUUACCGGUCAUCUCCUCCGUGUCCGAGCAGGCUGCAUCUUUACGACAAGUCAGCAAGUCAGCCCCUUACAUCCCAGUAUCGUCUGAUAACAGAAAACUGAGAUGACAGACUGUUUUUAAGGGACUGGUGUAUGAAUUAUUGCCACAUAUUUUGCUGCUCUGGACAUUCCGGCAAUGACCUCAAUUUUUAUAAGCACUCUUGCCAUUGCUUGUGCCAUUUAAUUGCUUAAAAAGUGAUUGCUUUUUGCAGUUGCCAACAUCAACACACAUUUGUGUAGCAGCAGGAACCGCCCACAGAUUAUCAGGAUGCCGUUGUUUUCUUGUUCUCCCCUGCUGCUCCCAUUCCCUGCAGAUAAGAGCUGGAUCUGUGACACAGAGGAAGGGCCGGGCCCCCGAACGGAGGGAAACCCCACGAGUUUCCACUUCCUGCCAAAGUCUUGAGGCAAUAAUUCCUGCACAGCACAGGAUUUCACACUCCCUAUUUGCACGGUGUAUAAUCUACAGCGGUAUUUGCAUAGGAAAUUUGCCUUGAAGUAUAACAAGUAGAAUGAGUCACACCAUCACUUUGGGUAUUGUACAUUAUAUAGAAGAAUUCCGAGUAAAAGAUCAAAUAAGUGCAAGGACGUAUACAUUCCUUUUUUCUGAUUGCUCACAGGUGAUGAUUGCCCUUCAGCUCCAGGUGGCAUGUUUACAUUGUGUUGUUUAUACUGAAACAUGUUCCCUGUGGCCACUAGAGGGCAGCACUUUCAUGUACAAAACGGUUAUUGGAAAAUACAGUAAAGGUGCAAGAAUAAGAGUUGAACAAAGUCGUUUUUGGUAUAGAUUAUAUUUUGUCAAAGUUGUCUCAAGACUAAACUGAAUGUAUAUGAUAUGG